AUGUUGUAUCUCAAGGAGAGUAUCGAUGCCGCUAUGAACAAGCCCCGGAAACGAGCCAGUGGAGGAGAAACGGGCCAGGGUGGGACUGAUGAUAGUGAUGAGCAAAUUGUCGUCCGGGGAUUCUCUGGAAAUGCCGCUCGUACGGAGCGUGGCAUUCAAUAUCUUGGGAAGCGACUGGCCAAAUAUGUUCUACUCAUGACUUAUCCGGAUCAACCGUACUUCCCUCUGAAGGGCCCCAAGGCAAAGCCCUUUUCUCGGCCCUUCAGUGCGCACAAGGAGCAGGCGAAGCCUUCUCUUGAGCCCCAUUCACAACCAGAGACUCGCGAGGAUCUCACGGACGGAGAGGAUCACGCCUAUCAGAUCACCAGCAUCAGCUUCAUCGGACAUUCGCUUGGGGGACUAAUUCAAACAUACGCCAUCGCCUACAUCCAAAAACACUCACCUGAAUUUUUUGAGCGGAUUCAACCCAUCAACUUCAUCGCUCUUGCGACACCCUUCCUGGGCCUCAGCAAUGAGAACCCCAUGUAUGUCCGGUUUGCACUUGAUUUGGGACUCGUGGGACGAACUGGGCAAGACCUGGGACUAAGCUGGACCGCGCCGAAAGUCCGCAGUGGCUGGGGUGCCAUCAUUGGAGGUCGUGGAGGCUCGGCAAAAGACCAAAGCCAGUCAGAUCCUGGUGCAAAGCCUCUGUUGCGGAUCUUGCCUUGCGGGCCUGCCCACGAGGUGCUUCACAAAUUCCAUCACCGGACACUUUACUCGAACGUCGUGAACGACGGAAUUGUCCCGCUCCGGACUUCUUGUCUUCUCUUCCUUGACUGGCGAGGGCUGGAGCGGGUUGAAAAGGCGAGGCGAGGCAAUGGUUUGGUGGGAACAAUGGCUGAAUGGGGCUGGGCCGAAUUGACCGGGGCCAAUUCCAAGUCCCCAAGACUGCCUCGCUCGGGCGACAUGCCAGAACUGAGUGGUGGAGACGGUACGUCUGCGUUGCAUGGCCAUAAAGCCUUCGCGGUGGGCGGUGAUUCACCCUCGCCCAGCCCGGGUCAGUUCCUUGCACAAAGCCAACAUCAACAUCAACAGGGGCUUCCUUCUCAGAACCACAAUCACUAUACAGGCGAGACCGGCCCAAGGGAGAAUGCCUCAGAAAACAGCUCGGGGCCAUUGAGCAGCUUCCUGUCCCUGUUUCGGCCCAAGGAAGCUAAAUUAGAGCCCAAGCAGACCCCCAGUGGCAAGCAUUCCAAGAUCUAUAAACGAAGCCAGACACUAGGAUCUUUUGACACCCAUGAGACACCCACGCCCUCACCUGUUCGGGGUAAUUCGCUGUAUGAAGAUGACGGAGUUUAUACGCCACCGAAAACGACCUUCUUCGAGUCUGCGGGAGAUCUGUUAAUGCCGCCCUUGCCUCCCAGCGAGUUCAUUCUGGACCCUGCUGCUCGCUCUCGCACCAUUUUCCAUGAUCGGAUCUAUCAUCCUGAUGAUAUACCACCACCGAUGCCUGUCAAGAGACGCACCAUGGCCUUCGGCUCAUCGCAAAACAAGAACUCCAAGACAGUGCCUUCUUCUGAAACACAGCUACCCUCAAGCUCGGGUGCACCCGGUAAUAGUGGAGAGAGUGGACUCAAAGUCGAGGAGAAGAUUGCACGAGCGUAUCACCGUGAUCUCUCUUGGCGCAAAGUUCUUGUUCGCCUGGAACCGGAUGCCCAUAACAAUAUCAUUGUGCGACGCAUGUUCACCAAUGCUUACGGAUGGCCUGUUGUAAAGCACCUUGUCGAUACACACUUUGUCCCCUCGUCCAUGGCGGAAGUAGACGACACGCUAAAUCGAAAUUUCGACAGGGCCAAAUCCCCUAACAUCGGGCCCACGAGCUCAGGCGACGAAGUGGAAGGCCAAUGUGAUUCUCAUGCAACCAACACAGGGGGUAAUCAGCAGAGCGGAGCCAUUUUGCUACAAGGUGGGCGGAAGGAUGACGCUGCCGGGUUGAAACUCGCACGCGAGCAACACGAGGCCUUCCCAUGCGAAGAUCAAUCGCACGAAACGGCGAGCACUCAUGCACGUUCGCAUUCACAUUACACGGACGUCUCUCGACAGGACUCGGCGCGUUGGACCGACCGUCAAGUGGACGAAGAUGACGACUACGAAUCUGGCUUGGAUGAAGACGAUGAUGCUGGAUUUCGAUGGUCACCAGCGCUUCGGCCAGCCCCAUAA